UGCCCCGCCCAUCAGCUGUUCGAUCGGAAGUAAUAUGGCGAUCUUCAGUGUGUAUGUUGUAAAUAAAGCUGGUGGACUAAUUUACCAGUAUGAUAAUUAUGUCGCUCGUGCUGAAGUGGAGAAAACAUUUAGUUUUCCUCUUGAUUUAGUGUUAAAGAUUCAUGAUGAGAAGGUCGUGGUUUCAUUCGGACAGCGGGAUGGCAUCAGAGUGGGUCAUGCAGUUCUGUCCAUUAACGGGGUGGAUGUGAACGGUAAAUACACGGCAGAAGGGAAGGAGAUAGUGGAAUAUCUUAAAGAUCCUGCGAACUAUCCAGUGUCCAUCAAAUUCGGCCGCCCUCGCCUCACAUCCAAUGAGAAACUCAUGUUAGCUUCAAUGUUUCACUCGCUAUUUGCUAUUGGAUCACAGUUAUCCCCUGAAGUUGGCAGCUCUGGUAUUGAGAUGUUGGAGACAGAUGUGUUUAAACUACAUUGCUUUCAGACCCUAACAGGAAUAAAGUUCAUUGUAUUGGCAGACCCUCGGCAGACUGGUAUCGAUGGACUAUUAAGAAAGAUUUAUGAAAUCUACUCAGAUUUUGCUUUAAAAAAUCCUUUCUACUCUUUAGAAAUGCCAAUCAGAUGUGAGCUUUUUGACCAAAAUCUAAAGAGUGCUCUGGAAAUAGCAGAGAAGGCUGGGACAUUUGGACCAGGCUCUUGAUCUACACAUGAAUAUUCAUCUGCCUCCAGUCAAUCAUAUGUACUGCGAAAUGGCAGAGAUGAUGCUGGCAUAAGGACUUUUCUAAGAACAGCUUCUUUUCAAAUCUGUACAACCCCAAAUUUGAAGUGUGAAAUAAUACAUGGCAUACCAUCUGUAUAUAAGCUACACUGACACAAUGUGCAUUUGUAGGCUCUUGUCCAGCACUUUUAAGUUGGUACAGCUCAACUUUUUGAAAUGCUUUGCUGUAAUCUGUUUAAAUGUGUCAUUUGCAAUUUAACAUGUAAUUUGCUUUCAGUCAGAAGACUAUGAUGGUGUGGAGUAUUUUCAAGUACACAACCUUACACCCUAAUCUUAUUUGUUUAGGUCAAAUGCAAAAUUGUUUAAGUUUGAAUGUAGACAUGUAAAUGAGUUCAGCUUAAUGUAAAGGGUUUUAUUUAUAUAAACUCAUUUAUUGUGCUAUUUAAAAAUCAUGUGGCAAAACAUUUGCAUAUUUCAUUAUACACAUUUAUAAAUUUUGUAAUACAGAUAGAGAGGUAGGACCAGUUUACACAUCAUUAAAAAACUGAUAAUGAUAUUAACACCACUGAGAAAAAAGGCUUUAUAAACUCUUGCAAGUCGAUCAAAUCCAGUAACGUGAUCAGAACAGUAUAAAAUACUGUUAUCCAGUUUUAAUGGAAUACAGAAUAAAUAACACUUUUCUGAAAGCAAUGUCCACAACAUGUUCUGUUAUGUUGUACACUGGUUAAAAAAAGUAGAAAAUCCCCCCAAAAAAGUUGUUGAUGUACUUUGAUGUAAUUUUCAGCAAUACUACAACUGCAAAAGCCUUACGGGGCGCAUUCACACGGGGUGUCAGCAUUGACGCUUCCCAUUCACUUUUAAUGGGUGACGUCAAGCGUUGGCGAACUGAAUUGUGGAUACGUCGGCGCCACGUCAGUGCCGUUGCUCGCGGCAGAAGUUGAACAUUUCUCAACUUUUCAAGCGGCAACGCGUGCGUCAGCCAAUCAUAACGCCUUAUGCAAAUAACCUAGGCAAAGCCAGCCAAUUACGUUUAUGGAAGACCAGAGCUUGUGUUGCGGCCACAGUGAUUGGCUGUUGGCCACGCUUCAGACAAGCCUUCUGUUAAGCGUUAACGCUUACGCCCCGUGUGAAUGUACCGUUAAAACAGUUCAUCAUUUUCAAUAUAUUCAUCUGUCAUUAGUGAAAAUAAUAUUAUCUAUCCAUAAUUUAACAAA